UUUUCAGAUUUUUGCUGAGGUAGAGAACAUCAACCACAAUGACAUCAUUAAGUUUUAUUUGUACCAUGUUGUUUAAAAUACUUCUCCGAAUAAAUGGAUUGCCUUUAGAAUUUACAAUUACACAUCCAGAAGAUAAAUUGAUAUCAGCAGAAGGAGUAUCACUUUCACACGUCAAUUACUUACAGUUUGACGCAAAAGGUUCUAGUGAUGUGACCAUCUCAUUUCAUGACGAUCAGUUCCAUAUUAUUAUUGGAGGAUGGUAUACUACAUUAUCAGCGAUGUAUUUAGGAGAGUUUGUUUACCCACCGGCUGAUGAGUAUAGGGGAUCACUACUCAAUGCCUUGGAGUACAAACAGUUUUGGAUAUCGUGGAACUCAUUUCAGGUGUAUAUAGGCCUGGGGAAUGUAAGAGGCAUAGAUGUAAUAUUGUUUGGACAGCAACAAUGUCCGCUUAAAGUACUCGAUGCAACCUUUGGUGCAAAUUUUGGAGGGACUUUAGAAUACAGGGUAAAUCAGGCAGAUAUGAUUGGUGGUAAUGGCAGGUUUUGUGGACAAGAUACAUCAUGCGACAUCGUCAGCAUUAUAGUAUUUGUUGAGAGUAUGAGUAUGAUAGAAUGUGCUAUCAUUUGUAAGAUCACAACAGGAUGUACUUUUUUUGUCUUUAACAUUAAUUCACAUCAAUGCAAACUAUUUGAAAAAGACGUAGGGUCAAAUAUUUUAGUCUCAGAAAAGGUAUAUUGGGAAUGUUAAUCUACGAUGUGAUGAUUUGAAAAACUGCACCUUUUGUUUGUGUUGUUAUUGUGUUUGGUGUUGUUUUAUGUUGGAUGUUUGGAAAACGAAGUAAAACAUGAAAUACAAUGAUAAAUUGGUUUAUUUCACAAAGUGUAGAUAUAAUAUGCAUUUUAUAAAAAGAUGCAAUGAUAUACAAAUUUCGUUAUUGUGC